GUAAAAGAUGCAUCUUGUAUCACCGAAGCCUAUUUGACAUUUUCAGACGCUCUAUCAGAGUGUUGGCCUCGACUUUGAUCCUAUUCGCUACAUGCGAUUAGCGACACGAGGUCUUCUUAGACGGCCGAAGACAUGUCUUCACCACGCACCUCGAUUUAGAGCAUGUGCUUCUGCAAAAGAUGCCUUUAUUCUGCAAGCCGCACGAGAGCUCUUCGGGUGUCGGCUUCAAGAUGGCUCUUCUAGACAAUAUUACUCUUCCUCUACCAGAUCUGGAGUCAAUUUCUAUACUCAACAGCAAGAGUUAGAAUGCGGCACUCAGCACCACUCCAGGGACGAUCAACAGAGCAGAGAAUGGGAAUGCUUACUUGAGGAUGCAUUCAUCCACGGCAUUCGAACCAAAGAACAAUUGCGCCUUGAGGCGGAUAUUGGCCAUCAGAGAUACAUUGGAUCACGUUUGAUUGAUAAGCCACCGCAGCGUCAGAAUAUCGAGUUAUGGCAUCUCUUAACCCGAACGCAAGCUCUGAUGAAUGGGCACGAAGGAAUCAAAGCAGUCUGGCGUGGAACUAUGUAUCGCGGAGAAUUGAUUCGCUUCGACGAUAAGGACCCUUUGGUCAAUGCUCUGUGGUUCACCUUCCUUUCAGCCGGGAGCAUUGAUUAUCCUUUCCUCUCCCAAGUCUGCAAAGCAGCUCUCAAAUUCAAAAUGAUCAGGCCAGCUUUCUUUGCCGAGGUUGUGGGUGCGAGUCUGGAGGGUGAACAACCAGAGAAUGCUUCGAAAAUUGCAAGGUGGUUAUUGGAACCUCAAUAUCGCAUAUAUCGAGGCCGAGAAGAUCUUUUGGCCGCGUUUUCGGCUGCUUGCCGCUCAAGCACAACAUCUGCUCUUCGUCAUUUCUGCAACAUCUACGACCUCGUCCCUAAUGCACAUAUCUACGACGAAAUUAUCCCAGGACUCUGGGAAUCAAAUCGUGCCUCUGAUGCUUUUAUGAUACAUGACUAUUUAAUUUCAAAACGAGAUCUGCCAACUGUUUUCGAGGUUCUGGUGCCAUUCAUCAGGCACCUGGCAACUCAAGACAAACAACUCGGCAGCUUCCUGGGACCCCUGAGCGCGUCCGGAGCUUCGUUCGAGGCACAAGCACGCCGAGAAUGGUCACGAGCAAAAAGCAGGGUGAUAGGCUUCUCUCCUGAAAGCAUGAAUAUCGUGGCCAGCAAUGAGUUAGGCCCCACGCCCAAGAAGCUGAGCGACGAAUUCAUAGCUCGAGCUUUCGCUACCCGCGCAUUUUCCUUUGAUUUUGCGGUCAACAGCCUUAGGCUGAUUGGUCUAAUCGAAGUUGGACCCGUCGCUCUGCGAGAAAUAGCAAUCACGUCACACGACAACACUAUGUUGCAUGCCAGGUUUGAGAAAUUGAAGGAACUCGAGAUCGACACCGGAUCGUCUUCUUUUGGACAGAUCAUCCAAAGAUUGUGCUAUUCAGGCAGGUGGGAGAUGAUCCAGAAUAUCGUCAAUACAGACAUGCAUCAUGAAGUCUUCGAGGACCUGGAGUUGCAGGAGAAACUCUUGCUAGAGUACUGCCGGAUCAAAGACUGGAAGCAGAUCAAUCGUACUUUGACAAUUUUGUGUAAAGAGAGCCUCAACGAAGAAGCCGAACUGCGCUCUGCCAUGCUAAUGGUCAAAUCAAUGCUGCUUGUCGGUGAUUGGCCUGCUGCUGCCACCUUAAGCAAGAGUUUACAAGAGCGUAACAAGGUCUUUACUGCGGCUCUACCGUCGGCCAUUGCCAGGAUGUUGCGACCCAAAAGCAUGACUCAACUUAUUCGAUCAGAAGGGUGGGAUCAGACCGCAUUUCUGAUUGGAAUGCUUCAAAACUUGCUGGUCUCUGGUGCGUCCUUUCCGGUGAAGCAUUGGCGAGAUUCUCUGAGCGCUUUGGGCCAGGCAGGCCGUGUCAAAGAGCUCGAGGCUCUCACCUACUGGCUAGCAGAAGUCUACAGGGCGGGCGGCUUGUACGAACAAAUUUAUAACACCACCCUCGCUCGCCGCGAUUCCAAUUUGAACUCCCUGUUCAACGCAUCAUUUCAAACCGCUUUGAUAAAAUGGUGCUUCAAGCCUCGCAAGGGAAUGCGCAAUGUACCCCCCGAGCAAUGCCUACGUUGGACCCGCAUAUUGAAAAAGCUUCGCGAUACCUAUGGCGUCAAGAUCGAGGAACACCGCAUCCGCUGGGCAUACAUAUCCAAUCUUCGUUGGAUUUUUGGGCCUGGGAUGUACUACAAACCAGAAGGCUGGAUGAGACGGUACAAAAGGACUGCUCUCAAGCGCUACUGGAACAUGUACGACAGGAUGUGGGACAUGAAGCCGGCCAGAAUCAUCGAUGCGUACGAUAGAGUUGAGGUGGUCUUUCUGCCUCGUAAACAGAAGGCUAGAUCUCGUGGGGGCAGAAGACGGACUCUACCUGUGAAAGAGACCGCUAUCCAGGCAAUGUCGGAAGAUGUGGUUCAGUAUAGGGAUAUUUUCAACCCGUCUUGGGAUGAUUAUAGGAAGUGAAUAGAUUGCACAGAUGGGAUCAAUAGAGCAAUAGGUGGUGAACCAUUUGCACACGUACC